AUGCAGCAUCCUAAGAUCUGCCAGGGCAGCCUGGACCUCAACAAGGUGGACCCCAAGGGUGAACCUGGUGAGUAUGUGUUUCCAAGGUGACAGGAUGGUUCUGUGGAUUUAUUUCAUUUGUGGUCAUCCUACAAAGCAGGUUUGGGGAGCUAGGAGUCUGAGUUCUGGCUGGGGAAAUGAGAACUUCACCAGCUCACCCUUCAGGGGGAGUUCCCAGCAAGGGUAGAGCUGGAAGACUUUAAUGGCUCCAUUUCCACUGUGACUUUCUGUCUUAUGGGGGAGGCAGACUACUCCCAGCAGGCACUGAGCAAGUUCUCAGAGGCAUUGCAGGAAGGGACCGCAGGAAGGGACUCCUUGAGCUUCCACAGCAGGAAGCCUUUUACCACUGACACCGACCAUGACUCAAAUGGGAACAGCUGCUCAGAGGUUGUCCCUGGUGCCUGGUGGUAUGAAUCCUGUUAUCAAUCCAAUCUCAACAGUCACUAUGCAGUGUCUGAGGCCACUGCCCACAAGCAUGGCAUCAAUUGGGCCUCUAGCUGAGUUGUGGGUCACCCCUACUACAGGGGGUUCCAAUGA